CCGGGUCACCGGGGCGUUUGGGGAUCUUCGCUGGGUGCAGGAUCUCUCAGUUCAGAUCAGAUCUACUCAAUUUUAGAGUGGCGUUCAACAUCGGCAAAGGAAAUGAACAGAUCAAGUUAAUACACGUGAGGUUCAUACCUUGAUUGACCUGGAUUCCCUUCAAACUCGUCUUCACUCUCCGCAGAGUGAUUUUCUGUAUAUCCUCGAGUAUUUAUCCCGCAAGAAGAAUAGGGGUUUACAGGAGUACAUAUAACCAUGGGUCUGCUUUUUAACCAUCGCAGAAGCAUUACCGCUCUUUAUUUCGUCUUGUUCCUGAGCCUGUCGCUGGCCUUAGCUCAGGAUUCUCUGCUAGACACUGAGAUGGAAGACUCCGGUGGGUCUCUGGAUUUGGGCCGCCGUAGCCAAAUUACCUUGAAGAAUCUAGGCAACUAUGCAGCCAAAAACAACAAUGAUGCGACUUUUGACGGCAUUGCUUUUGGCUUGGACUCUGGGCUUGGAGUCUUUGAUGCUUUUUUUGCCAGUCUAUCAAUGAUCAUCGUUAGUGAGAUUGGAGACGAGACAUUUAUAAUAGCAGCUCUUAUGGCAAUGCGUCACCCUAAGUCAACUGUCUUAUCUGGUGCACUCUCUGCCCUUAUUAUUAUGACAGUACUUUCUACUGGACUAGGUAGGAUUGUGCCAAAUUUGAUUUCAAGGAAGCAUACAAAUAGUGCAGCUACAGUUCUUUAUGCAUUCUUUGGGUUGCGAUUACUUUAUAUUGCUUGGAGAUCAGAUUCAAAAUCUUCACAGAAGAAAGAAAUGGAUGAAGUGGAGGAGAAACUUGAAGCUGGACAGGGGAAAACAACCUUCCGACGCUUUUUUUCAAGAUUUUGUACACCAAUAUUUUUGGAGUCUUUUAUUCUAACAUUCCUUGCCGAGUGGGGUGAUCGUAGCCAGAUUGCUACAAUUGCUCUGGCAACGCACAAAAAUGCACUGGGAGUGGCAGUUGGGGCCACUUUUGGACACACCAUCUGUACGUCGCUGGCAGUGGUGGGAGGAAGCAUGCUGGCAUCUAAGAUCUCGCAGCGCACUGUUGCCACGAUUGGCGGCCUGCUCUUCCUUUGCUUUUCUAUAUCGUCCUUCUUUUAUCCUCCUCUAUGACUGCUAUUGAGAAACUACAAGUUCAAUCUUUUUUGUUUUCAAUUGUCAUUUCAAUAAGAAAAUGAUUUAAGAAAAAAAUGGUUGUUUUUGGAUCUCGACAACACGUGUCCCCCUUCCCUUUCUUCUUGUUAUAAUAGAAAUUCCAUAUCUGCACCGCAGGUAAGCUGGAUCUAUAGCUUUUGCGUGUAUUCUUUUUGUAAAAAUAUUUUUCCUUUCAAAUUCGAGUGCCCGUCCUUCGAAAGUUUUUAUUAA